AUGGCAGGCUGCAAGGUACUCUUCCUCCUGGCUUUAGCUCUUGCCGUUACUUUUGUCUCAGCUGCUCGGCUUCUUGAUGAAGACGAAGAUAUUGGGUUGGUUCCUUUUCCUACCACAAGUCCUGGUCCUUUACCUACGGCUGGUUCAGGCCCCUUCCCCACUGCCAGUUCAGGUCCUGCAACUGGUAUAACAUCAGGUACAGGUCCAGCCUCAGGCGGUUCAGGUUCCUUGACUACUUUUACUGGCUCUGGACCUCUACCAACCACUGGUUCUAGUCCUUUACCGGUUCCUAGUUCGGGUCCCUUGCCUAGUACUGGCUCUGGUCCUCUACCAACCGGCGGUUCUGGUCCCUCACUGGGUGCUACUUCUGGUCCCUUGCCUACUGCUGGUUCAGGGCCUUUGCCUACUGUUGGUUCAGGUAGCACAGCCACCGGUCAGGGUGCGGGUGCAGGUGCAGGGUCAGCGAUUGGUGGUUCAGUUCCUGAUCACACCGUGAUUUUUUUCAUGCAUGAUAUAUUAGGUGGCUCAAAUCCGACAGCCAGGGCUGUGACUGGAGUCGUUGCAAACGCAGCCCUCAGUGGCCAACUUCCGUUUGCCAAACCCAAUGGCGCGAACCUCCCUGUCAGUAACGGCGUUCCAACAAACAAUAACAACAACGGAAUUCUGAACAACAACAAUGUCCCGCUUCUGGUCGGGCUUGGCGGUACCACUUCCAACAUCUUACAGAACAACGGAAACAACCUCUUGAACGGUCUCCCCGUGGCUAAUGGUGGUCAGCUCCCAUCGGGUUCGUCUCUUCAGAUGCUCAUGUUCGGGACAAUGACGGUGAUGGACAACGAACUAACCGAAGGGCACGAACUUGGGUCUGGUCUGCUUGGUAAAGCCCAGGGAUUCUACGUGGCCAGCGCCGUGGAUGGAACCAGCCAGACUAUGGCUUUCACGGCUAUGUUUGAGAGCGGUGGUUAUGAAGAUAGCAUAAGUUUCUUCGGAGUACAUAGAACGGCUGCAUCGGAAUCUCAUCUUGGUGUCAUGGGUGGUACAGGGAAGUACGUAAAUGCGAGAGGCUACGCCAUUGUCAAGACUUUUACGGGCGGCUCAGGGAACCAGCAGCAGCCGCACCGGUUCACAGAUGGGCUCGAGACUGUUAUGCAAUGCACCGUUUAUCUUUCUUACUAGUUUUUUUGUCUUUCUUGUCCUCUAUUAUUGAAGUGUGUUGUGUUCUUUGUCAUCUUAAAUAUCUAAGAAAACCUUUGACAACAAAUCCCCUAUUAAUUUCA